AUGAUUAUCAGAGUCGAUAAAUGUAGUACCUUUGGCAUCAAGAAAGCCAUCACAAAAUCAGUCCAAUAUUUGUCGAAACUCCUCGUCAACAGUAAUCUGAUACCGACAAUAAAGAGUGGAGAAGCAUUUCAAUAUUUAGGACGUUACUUUGAUUUUAACAUGUCGAAUAAUAACCAUAAGACUGAACUAACCACUCUCGUUAAUGAACUAAUGACUGAUAUUGACUCGAAGCCACUCCACCCAAGAAAUAAGCUUCUCGUAUACAGUCGUUAUGUCUUAUCCAAAAUAUCGUGGCAUUUCACCAUCGCAACACUUUCUAAAACAUGGGUUAUUGAAAAUAUUGAUCCCGUAGUCAACCAGUACAUCCGUAAAUGGCUUGAAAUUCCAAUCUCAGGAACACUAAGUACUGUUUUUCUAACUCGCAACAAAUUUGGUCAAAGUAUUUAUCCUCCAUCGGUGAAAUUUAUCCAAUGCCAAACAGUUCUUCGAAAAGCUUUAAAACUUUCUCCAAAUCAAUCAAUCAACGAACUGUGGAAAUCUACUAAUACUCAUACUAAUAUCCAAUACGACUUUUAUAACUCAACCAAAGAAGUGCUUAAAAACUUUCGGUCUGAACAUGAAGAUAAACUCCAAAAUCAAUUAACUUGUCAGGGAUCCUUUUUCUCUAGUGUAACAAAGUUCUCCUUGUCGCAUCUUAACAAAGUGUGGUCUACUGCUCAAUCAAAACUUCCGAAAAACAUUUAUAACUUUACCAUACGCUAUAUCAAUAACUCUCUUCCGACACGCAAGAACCUUAGCAGAUGGGGAUUGUCUUCAAGUUCAGAAUGCUCCUUUUGUCUUGGCCCAGAAUCAUUAUUGCACGUGGUCGCUGGAUGUCAGUGUUAUCUCGAUCGAUUUACGUGGAGACACAAUUCAAUCUUGAACUUCCUUGCCAAUACCUUGCAAACUGUGAACGGUUCUGCCCUCUACGCUGAUGUGCCUGGAUUCAAAAGUCCUUCAAUAAUAACUGGUGAUGCUUAUCGCCCGGAUUUGUUGCUAUCGUUAUCAAAUGGCUCUCUUUAUGUGGUCGAGCUCACUGUUGGCUAUGAGACAAACCUCGAGAACAACGUUAAUAGGAAAAAAGCCAAAUAUAAAGAACUAGUAAAACAACUAGACGAAAAUUUUAACGAAGUAAACUUUAUAAAUCUUUCUAUGAGCUCCCUAGGUAUUUUUGCGCAAGAAUGCUCUACAUUCUUAGAAAUGUUAGGAAAUGUUGGUCUGGACAAAAACUACCAAACGUACUGUGUUAAGAAAAUGAUGACUAUUGCCAUUCGAAGUACAUACUAUAUUUUUUGCUGCCGAAAUAAGGAAUGGGAAAGUCCGGACUUGUUAACUAUUUGA